AUGCAGAAGUCGACAUUGGUGCACACCGUGUGCUUGCAUCGCGUUCGGCUUCAGAGCCCCAAUGGAGACAGUUCCAGUAAGAGGGAGAUCAUGGCUCAGUGCGCGACUUUGGAGCCUGUAGUUGUUUUCACGGAGAACGACAUCAGCAACAGCAGAAGCAGCAGUGGUGGGACUGAGAGAGAACGAAGUAUCAUUGAGCAGUGCGGUUCGCUCCGCUCGUUGCUUGGGUGGUUCUGCGGAUCGUUCUUGGUGAGACGGGGUGAGGCGGCAGCGCAACGGUUUAAGGCCUACGUUAGACCGGACUUGGAGUUGGUAGGCAGUACCGCCCUCGUUGCGGAGGAGGGACUCUUUGUUCAAGUGCCGUCGCCUCAGUUUGCUGCUGAGUGCAUGCACUCGGCGUCGAGGGGCCGUGCAAUGGACGUAAUUUACUACAAUAGCCUGGGAAGUCGUUGGUGUCGGGAGAACGAUGGUUUUGGCGAGAUUAAUGAUGGAAGUAGUGCUCAACACGAUGGCAACGACGAGGGCUAUGUAUACGGCUUCGCGCAGUUAGUCGGCGUGGGGCGCGCGACGGAAGGGUUGCUGCUAGCCGCCUUCUCCAGCGCCCCGUUGUUCAAUGUGUUGCGUGCAGUGGUGUUGGAGGCCGUGCCACACGUUAUGUGUGCCGCGAAGGAGGUGUUCAGCGACCGAGACAUUGUGCACGAUGAGGAGGAGCAUCGGGCGAUUGCUGCUGUGUACGCGAACGCCAUGUCACCUCUGGCAGCCCUUGUGGAUACUCGCGAGGACACCUGCAGUUCUCUCGCAGGCAGACAGAUCACUCUGCGCUUCCCGCGGAAGAGUGUCUCCAUCCUACGCCCGGAUGACUUGCACCGCCCAUUCAUUAACGUCCCGCUGUCGAUUUUAUUGCUAAGUUUUUCAUAUGACGCGCUCCGUGUCAUUCAUUCCCUCCUGUUGCAAGAAAAACGGGUUGUGUUUAUUGGGGCGACGCCGCAGCACGCCUCUGCGUGUGUCGUGAGUGUGCAAGCGAUGCUUGUGCCCUUCCUUUGGACACUUCCAAUCGUACCAUACUUGCCACCCGAAGUAUGCGACGUGCUUGAGGCAGUCGGGGACUCCGGUUUCCUUGUGGGAUCGACGGCCGACAUUGUGCCACGCCUCAUGCUGCACGGUGGCCUCUCCGACAGUCCGCAGCGUGGGGGUGCGUGGUCGAUGGAGGACGAAAAAUGCCGCAUUUGGUUUGCGGACAGCCGCACGGGUGUGGUCGGCGUUUCUCCUCGUGACACCGACAGGUUCCCCUUUACAGUGCUCGAUCUGAUGCCACCGAGUGAGAAAGUGAAGGAGGCGGUGAAGCGGGCUGUCUCGAAGGAACAGCGGCAUAUGUUCCGCGUGGGGCUGGCCUCAGCAGCGGCUCAGGCGACUGGCAGUUUUCCCUCGUGCCCAUCCACCCUAACGCCGUGCCCAACAACAGUGAUUGUAGAGGAAGUGCACGGAGCCUUUCUUGAGUAUAACGUUCACCGCCUCGUUGGGAACUACCGGAAGGGAAUGCUUCCUGCCUGCACCAGCAGCAGUGGCAGCGGGGCCAAUGUCUCACGUUUACACGGAGGUUCUGCAAUUACUAUUGACUAUACACGCUUUCUACCAGGCAACCUCGACAAUAAUGUAAUCCUCGCGCGGUGCAUAGCGGGGACACGUAUGUAUCGUCACUGGGAGGACGCGGUCCUCUCCCUCGAAACAAUUGGCUUGUUGCGUUCUCUUCUUGGGGAGUUUCUGCGCAGUCGUGCCCGUUCACAGCAACGUGGCUCCAAUUCAUCGUCACUGGAAGAGAAGGAUUCGCUUGUAAUGCAUUACUACAUUUCUCACCCACGUAUGAUCGGGAUGUUGUGCCAUCUAUACAUCCGCAGUGCGCGGCGCUUCCCCGAGCUGUACACUGAUCUGCAAGGCAGUGGCAUAAUGCGACUGAGUGAGGGAACUGGCAUAUCAUACGCUGGAGGUUGCGAUCUCAAGACUCCCACCUCCGCUGGUGGUGUGGGUAACAGCAGUAGUAGCAGUAACGGAAAGGGGCUGAUGCGCACCCUUUUCUCCAAGGCGACAAAAGCGGUGAAGAACAGUCUCGCUACACAUUACCACCGAAUCCCUGUGCAGGCGUUCGUGCAGGCCUACGGCAGCUUUGCCAACCAAACAGAUUAUGGAAAGGAGGCCAAUAAACCCGAGACGUUGAACAAGGAGUUUAAGAACAGUGCUUCUGUCGCCGCCACCCUUGUACCAGUUAAACAGCAGGAUCAAGCGAUGACGCCGCCAACGCCGAGCAACUUUUCUGUAUGCGAAGCCGAAGACGAUCUGUACGGAGCGUGUUCAACCCUGGCUGACGAAAUGGAGGAGGGCGAUGCCCCGCGCCGUCUCGCGACGAGUGUUGACGAGAAGACACCUUCCGUUUUGUGCCGGCGGCUGCCCUUGGACAUAAUCCAUCAAUUUGGGCGCUACCAUUUGCUCCUGGACCCCAGGAAACACUCUGUUUACUCAACAGGAAGGCGUAGUGAAACGACGCAGGAGUUAUCGAGACAACAGAUGGAGACGUUUGUGGAGUUUGGACCACUGUUGGCUUCUGAGUCGAGGAUCUGGGCGGCUAUUAAUGCCAAACAGUGUGCUCUUCUCAGCGUUCCACCAUCGUUGACGGAGCACAAGAAACAUCAACAGCCACUACAACCACAGCAACUGUAUCAAACUUGCCCUCCUGGUUUGGUUGGCAGCAUGACCAAUGUUUGUGAUAUUCCAUUUGAAGCACAGCCCCUCCCCUUUUCAAUGGAUCUUGUUACGAGUGCGCCGGUGCUUCCGCCGCCUGCUGAUGGAUUUCGCCCUCUUGAAACGACAGAGUUUGCUUCGGAUGUUUUGCGUAGCAAAUCUGCGGUAAGGAACUGCCAAAACUCUGCUGGUGGUGAUGUCAUGAAUGACCUGUUUGCUUUUGCGGAACCGCAGUCUGAAUCCACUGUGGCCGGCACAAAUAUUCCGAAGCAACUGGAAGACUUCUUUCAGUAG